UUGGCUGUAAACAUGACAGGCCAUCGAAAUGGAGUGUGACACCUUGGUGACUUGGAUUUACUGUUUUCAAAGAUAACCCCUGAGAUACCCACAAUGAUGGCUGCAGACCGGUCCAGCACUUGCAGACAGCGCCCAGCUCCGUACCAGGAUGAUGUGGUCUCUGACCACUCCACUGCAGCAGUCUUCAUGUAAUGUGCUGCUUCGUAUGAUGCCAUUUUUUUACAAGGAUUAUUGGAUAUUACAAUCGCGGAAAAUGUGUCAUGUGUUUCAUUUGUGGGAUGGCAGUCUCUCGCUGUGGAAGAUGAUCCGGAUUACGUAAGCUGUGUGGAAUAAUUGAUGAAUUGUACGCCAGGACUUAAUGAAGAUACCCGUGCCUAACGAGAUGAGUGCUUGAUUUCUACAAUGUAGUUGGAUUUUUUGCGGAGGACUUAGUGACUAGACAGCAAGCAACAAUGUCGUCAUACGGAGACAGGCAGUUUAUUCUCUGUCUGAAGAAACAUCCUUAUCAAAGAAAUGAACAGGACUGCAACAUCAUCUAUGCCUACCUCCAUGGCAUGGAGGCCCUGUCAACUCUGCGUGAACCAGCACUCCGAUCGCUCUGUCACACGGUCAGAUAUGAAUUCCAUGAUGCAAAUGAUAUACUUUACUGCCAAGGGGAGCUGGCCAUCUGCUGGUACAUCCUGUUGUCAGGGUCUGUGUUCAUCGAGGGAGCCAUGUUCCUGCCCAGAGCCAGUUUUGGCAAGAGGACACAAGGAUGUGCCCGUCGAACCAGCGAGUGCCUCACACUCGAGCCCUCCGAGAUGAUAGCAAUUGAUUACCCUGAUGUCCAGUUGAUGAAGUCUGGGCAUCGCCUGCCCUGCCCCACGGCUAGCUUGGACAGACUCUUAGCUCUAGAUCCCCACGAAGACAGCCGCAUCCGAAGAAUGGACAGUGGCAUUGAACAGCUGGCUGGAGACCUGCAAGUGCCCAAUGCCAUGUACAGGAUGGAGCAGUACCCCCGGAAUGAGCAGUUCUACAAACGCAGUUCCCGAGCCAGCGACACUUCCAGUGCAUAUUCUGGUUCAGACAUGAUGCAGUCCUCCAUUGAUGACCAGGAUGCAGCAGAGAUGGACUACAGUGGGCUGCAGGAGAGCCUCGUGGACUCCGAUGAAGAAGAGGGAUAUGCUGAAUCCACUGAGUCAUUGACUGUUCGAGACACUGUACGAGAAUGUUUGGAGAAGGAACCGGCAGACAGAAAAGAAGAUGAUAUAGAAAUACUCUUAGAUUUUAUGCAGCAUUUCAGAGCAUUUGCAAACAUGACUCUGGCCACCAGGCGGGCCCUGACGGCGGUCAUGGUAUUUGCAGUGAUUGAGAAGGCAGGCACCAUCGUGAUGAAAGACGGAGAAGAGCUGGACUCAUGGUCCGUCAUUGUCAACGGCGAGGUGAAGGUCUCCCACAUGAGCGGGGAGGUGGAAGUGCUGCACAUGGGAGACAGCUUUGGAAUCACCCCGACCAUGCAGAAGAUGUACCACCAGGGGGUGAUGCAGACCCUUGUAGAUGACUGUCAGUUUGUCUGUAUAGAACAACAGGCCUACUACAGGAUCCUAAGCCAGGGAGAGGAGAACACAAAGCGACAUGAAGAGGAAGGUCAUGUAGUGAUGUUGACGGAACAUCGGGAACUGGAUGGCGGCAACAGGAGGGGGCAUAUAGUCAUCAGGGGCACGUCCGAGAGGCUGAUGCUCCACCUGGUGGAGGACCACUCGGCUAUAGACCCUACCUAUGUAGAGGACUUCCUGCUCACAUACAGAACAUUUCUAGAAACUCCCUUCUACCUGGCACAUAAACUCCUGGAGUGGUUUGGUCAACCAAUCCUCAGAUCAAAGGUUACAAGAGUGGUACUGUUGUGGGUAAACAAUCAUUUCAACGACUUCGAGACAGACACAUCAAUGUGUGAAUUCCUUGAGGAGUUUGAAACUCUGUUGGAAAAAGAGCCUGAUGCUCUCACCGAGAAAAUGAUUGGUCAAAUGCGUCUACUGAACAUAGCAUGUGCUGCUAAGGCACGUGUUCGAACAAUCACGCUCACCCGAGCUACACGGGAAGAGAUCCUGCGAUUCCAGAUCCUGGGAGGGUGUGAGCGAGGUCACGGCAUAUUUAUUACUAAAGUUGAGAGAGGUUCUAAAGCUUUUGAAGCUGGUCUCAAAAGGGGUGAUCAGAUACUUGAAGUGAAUGGGCAAAACUUCCACCAGAUCUCCCACAACAAGGCUCUAGAGAUCCUCCGUGGGACUACCCACCUGUCCAUCACAGUCAAGUCCAACCUACAUGAAUUUAAGGAAAUGCUGCAGGCAGCUGACAAGAAUACACCUAGGAAAUUAAAAGCUGACUUUAUCAUGCCUUCAAUGAAACAGAGGUUAUCUGCCCCUGAUCUGGAUGCCUCUGUGCCAGUGAUAGUGAAUACCAAGGAUAACAAGCAUGACAAAAAGGACAAAGGUUUUAUGGCUCUUGGAAAUAGGCCUCGGUUAAAGAAAGCACUUAUGAAGAUGAAUUUAAUACCCAGAAAUUUAAAUAACAGUAAUAAUGGUAGCAUGAACCACUCCGACGAGAGCCUGUACCCAAACCCUUCCCGCAAGUCCUCGACGUCCUCUACCUCGUCCUCCAACACCGGCACUAUGACAAACCAUCUCAGUGCCAGCAAUCCUGACCUCUCCCUGGCUGGGCUCACCGUCAACGAUGCUGCCAGUGACUUUCCCGAACAUGUCGUCAAAGUGUACAAGGCUGACCAGUCAUUCAAAUACUUGCCAAUUCAUAAGGAAACAACUUCCAAAGAAGUUGUAAUGCUUGCCCUGCAAGAGUUUGGUAUCACAGAUCCCAGCUGCAACUACUCAUUAUGUGAGGUAACAGUUCAGAACGAGGAAGUGAUCAAACAGAAACGACUGCCGGACACACUGCCGAACCUGCCUGACCGACUUGGCCUCAACGGAAGGUACUAUUUAAAGAACAACAUGAGUACAGACUCUCUAGUCCCUGAUGAGCUGCGCGGUGAGCUGAUAAAGGAGAGCCAGAUCAGCCUGCUGCAGCUCAAUUCUGCCGAGGUGGCGUCACAACUCACCCUCGAGGAUUUCAAGGUGUUCCGUGAAAUAGAGCCCACAGAGUACAUCGACGAACUCUUUGGGCUGGAUUCAAAGUAUGGCUGCCCUUCUCUCAAGAAGUUUGCUGAGCUGGUGAACAGGGAAAUGUUCUGGGUGGUGACCGAGAUCUGCAGUGAGGGGAGUCUAGUCAAAAGAUCAAAGCUCCUCAAGCAUUUCAUCAAGAUAGCAAAGCAUUGUAAAGAUUGCAAGAACUUCAACUCUAUGUUCGCAAUAUUAAGUGGUUUGGGUCACCAGUCUGUGACUCGGCUCCGUAACACGUGGGAGAGACUGCCCAGCAAGUACUACAAGAUGUUCGAGGAUCUUCAAAAUUUGAUGGAUCCUUCUCGGAACAUGGCUAAAUAUCGAAAUCUCAUUAACAGCGAGCACAUACAACCUCCCAUGCUGCCCUUCUUCCCAGUGGUGAAGAAGGACCUGACGUUUAUCCACCUGGGCAAUGACACUAUGGUGGAUGGACUGGUGAACUUUGAGAAGCUCCGCAUGAUUGCCAAAGAAAUUAGACAUAUAUGCAACAUGUCGUCAGCAAGAUAUGAUGUUAGCACCAUGUACCUGGGCACUGGUUCCAUGUUCUCCAGUACACUGGUGUCUGGAGUAGCCACACUCAAACGCACCAAGAACCGCCGGGGCUCCACGCUCCCCAACCUGAAGAAGAUGUAUGAAGAGGCCCAGAUGGUGAGACGAGUCAAGUCGUACCUGAGUAAUAUGCAGACUAUCACAGAUGAGGAGAAACUGAAGGACCUAUCAAACCACUGUGAAAUACCUGCAGCUCGAAAACGAGACCCUUCACCUGGGGUGAACACUGGUUCCCCGAACCACACAGCAGAGAACAAAGUUCCAGUACAUACAGGGCCCAAGUUUGGUGCUGAAUCUCCGGGGGCUGUACGAAAGAUCAUGGCACUAACCGACAAAGUUCGUCCUCAUAACCCCAAAAUUCCUCUCCCGCCUGUCACUAGUCCAUUGUCUGGUCGUCGGCAAACGUCGCCGCGCCAUGCUCGGGCUAUGCAGCACGUCCACCUAUCGUCUGAGAGCUCCUCUGUUGUCAGUCUCAGUAAUAUGCAUAUACGCAAGCCCAGUCGGACGGGUUCAAUAGGUUCCACCGACUCUGCCAGUCCUACCAGUAGUGUCAACAGUUACCAGCACCAGAGUUCCUCGGAGACUGAUUCCGGGCACUGUUUUGACAGCCAUAGUAGCAGCUCUGUCGGAUCCUACAACUCUCCACCUGUACUCAGGAAGGGGCAGCAAGCGCCGAUGAACUCUCUCAACCCCCACCAUGUUUCCUACCCCCAGGCCCAGAUGCCCGGCCCCCCUCUCCCCUCCUACCACUCCGUCAUGCAGAAUGCUCCACAGUCAGCCCCUGCAGCGUCUUGCCAUUACAAUCCCCCAGCGUAUCCCAGCCGGCGGCUGCCGCUCCCAGACUACCAGGCGGCUACUCAAAUGGCACUUGCACGGCAGAAACAAUUAUGGCAGGCAGAACGCUCCCGCUCUCAUGAGGGGGUAGGGUUCUACGAGGAGGGGGAUUAUGAUAACACAGUAGCGGACGGAGAUGAACAAGUGUCCGCUGUAUGAAGACCAGGCCAGUGUAUAUCACAACCCAAAUGGUGCAAUUCUUUUAAAUCUGUGAUAUAACUGGCAUGGCUGAGUGGCUCCAUCUGUUAAGUGUCACUUGAUCUGAAUAGCCACAGCCAUGGAGCCUGAAUGUCGAACCCAGGCGGGUGGGUGGGGACAUUUGGUUUACCCAUCUUAGUGGGUAGGGACAGUCUUCAGUUUACCUAUCCCGAUGGGCAGGGACACUAGAAUUUACCCAUUCGCAUGGGCAGAUGACAGACUAUAGUUAACCCAUCUAUUUGGGCAGGAAACUAUGGUUUACCCAUCCUGGAAGGUGGGGAGAGACACCAGUUUACCUGCCUGAAAGGGGAGAGACAACAAUUUACCUCCCUGGAAGGUGGGGAGAGACAACAGUUUACCUGCCAGAAAGGUAGGGAGAGACAACAAUUUACCUCCCUGGAAAGUGGGGAGAGACAACAAUUUACUUGCCUGGAUAGGAGGGGACAUACCAUGGUGCUAUGUACAGUUCUCUCAGCCUGCAACUCAUCACAAGCAGCUGACCUUGUAGGAAUGUUUCUAUACGGAAUUUGUGUCGGCGUGGGGAAACUCUGUGUGUGUGUAAAUAUGAGAACAGAGAAACCUGUUCCAGAAAUAUCUAUACUCAUCAUAGACUCUUAGCCCAAGGAUUGUGACGUGUCUGUGGACAGUGUUUUGUGCUAUGUGGGGCUUAUAACCUUAAAGGAUCUCGGGACUAAUACUGUUUUCAAUGGACUCCGCCUAUCUAAUGUGCUAACAGUUUUCUCAUUGGAGCCUCCUGCUGUUCACUAACAGGUUUAAAACAGCAAAUGGCCAUGUUUGCUAAAUUUGCAACAGUUAAUUAAAAUAAUCAUACUUCAAGCCACUGACUCCCCGCCUGGCUGUAUGACAAGCAAAAUGGCCGCUUGAGACAGUAUUUGAAAGGGUUAUCUCCCCUUGAACACUUUGAAAAUCAAAAUCUUUGAUGAACAUUGGUAUGAAUCUCACAGCUUUGGACAUGGUCCAGACUGACCAGUAUCAGUGACAAUAUACGUGGGAGAUGACCAAGGAAACUGUUGACCUAGGGCAGUGCAUUAUGUACAGAUUUACUGUCUGCUCGCUAAGUGUAGUCAUUUCACAUACCAGACGGGAUAUUGCAUUUGUUUGUUACAGUGUAGCAAACUACAUUACACUUGCAAAUCUAUGCAAGAUAUCAAGGAGGGCUGGGCCACACCUAUAGGCAAAGUUGUUCAGAGUUUUAGAAUUGUUUUUAUAUAAUUGAUUUAUAGAGAUUAAGCCUGCAGUGGAAACUGUUCAGAUUGCUUUGUGUCAGAUGAAACACAGAGUAUUCAUCAUAUCCUUCUGGACCGAAGCAAAAAAUAUUGCUAACAGACAUAAAAUAUUAUGAGAAAACGUAUGCUAAAGCAUGCCAACUUUAUAACGUAAUUGUGCAGAUACUUUUUGAUACGAAAUCCAACUGUGCCACUGAAUAUUUGUGUUCAAUCCAGCUGCCUUACAUUCAGGUAAACAGUAUGAUGGCUGUUGAUCUUGACUGUCCCCGCAUCCCAACGUUGAAAAUGAUUUAAGAUGAUGUGAUUUGAAACUAUGAUCAACACGAUUUAAAGAUAGUGUCCAUAAAGUCCUGGAUGGUGAUCUGAACAGUUGCCUAUGCUAGGAAAACACAAGGUACAUCACUUUCUGAUGUUAUGGGAUCAAAUAAGUUUGAUUAUCAUGACAAUGAGAUAUCAUUUUAUAUUCUCAUCGUUUAAUCAGAAUGAAAUAUAUCUGAUUUGUUUCCAUCAGUAGUCAAACACAAUUCCCACCAAAAAAAGUACAGUUUUCAAGUCAUGAAAUAGUUUUGACUGACUGUUUCUUAGGCUUGAGGAGCUAUCCCAACAUGGUUAUGCAUAUGAUGUAUAAAAAUAGCAAUAUUUGAUUGACAAGGAAAUCAUGAUUCACCCAGAAAGAUAUUCCACUAUGAAAAUCUCUAACAGUAUGUGCCAUUGAACAUAGAAGAUAGGUUUUGUUAAUCUUGCGUUUGUUUUGUCUUCCUUUCUUUGUGUCAACGUCACCUGUUCUUGGAAUGAAAACUGAUGCUUAGCUUCUGUAGCUCACCUUCAGAUAUGUAGGCAGUACUGAGAGACCAUUGUCAUUUGGUUCUUACUACAAUUCUUGUAGCUUGAUUAGAACUGCAUUUCUUCUGCAUUUAGUGGGUUGUAUUUGACAAAUGUGGGCAUAUAACACCGAUGUUGUUCAAUCAUCAACAUACUGCGUGAUCUUUUGUAACUAUACAGCAGGAUUGAUUAUCUAGUCUAUCAAGGGUACAGUUUGGGUAGAAUUUUCAUUUACUUAGUAUGGUAGGUGAUUUGGGGGGUUAAACUAAGCAUGUGGUUGUACUUUUUGUAAAGAGUAAUUAACAAGUAAUUAAAAGUAAGAAAUUAUGAUAAAAUGUUCUGAACCGUUUCUGUGCUUCACAAAUGAUUUGAGCUACAAUUAAUUUGCAAGGUAGAACUAAGUCUAUAUAUUCAGUUUUCAUGAAAAUAUGUUCAUUUCUUAUUGUAUCUCAUCACAGUUGUUUAAUAAUCUGGAGGUGUGGUACUCUGGACAAAAAGUGCCUCGAUUUGUAGUAAGGACAGGAAUUACAGAUUGAACGUCUUCAAGGCUUACAUUAGGUUGAUACAAAAAGUGUUUCAGAAUGUGUUCCUUUUGAUUCUUUUGAAUUCAUGCAGGUAGGUCUGACAGGUCACAUGAGCUAAACUUUUCUGUACUUGUAAUUACCCAACCAUUGACAUGUUGCUGAAGAUGGUAAGCAUUUUGACAUUAUACCAUAAUAUUCCAUCAAGUUUGAUCUCAAGAUUUCAGUAAAAGAAAUUCAAGUUUGUGAAAUACUACUGUGUAAGUGACCUGUGUAUCUUUGAAGGAGGGAAGUUUUUCAGUUGGUAGAUGCAAUACAUAAGGCAGUUAGCUAUGCUGUUUUUAGCAUGGAGGGUUGUUGGAGAAGAAGAAGCUUGUUUCAUUGUGCCAAAAGUUCACAAUAGUGAAUGCUGUUUGAAAAUGUUAAGUUUGGUUGUUUUAAAGUUUAUGAUCUCCCUGGAAAGGUUGCUGAUGCAGUGGGAUGCUUUAGUGUAGGACACUCAUUUUUUCAUGAUGAUAAUCAAAUCCAUGAAUUAUUAAAUACAAUUCACUUCGUCUUAAGGUGAAUGAUAUAUUGGUGUCUUUAUACAAAUGCUUAUUUCAUAUUUUCUUGUCAUUAUUGAAUAAUGAUUAAAUUUAAAAUGUUUGUACAAAAUUUAGUCUCUUAAAUUGAAUUGACACACUUCUUUACAUGUCACUGUUAGGUUUUUCUUCAUUUAGAUGAUACUCCAGCAUUAGCAUCACAGGUUGAAUAACUGAUGAAAUAUGGAAGUACCGGUACAUGAAAUGCAUCCCACUGUAUUCUAGUAUCAAAGGGAGACAACUACCAUAGGUAUGGCCUAGCUCCAGUUGUAUGUGUUCAAGCAAUUUUCCUUCACCCAGUCUGACCUAGCAAUUGUGUAGUAUAAUUUCAUGUACAUUCUCAUUCGUUCAAGGCAUAUUACACAUUGUCUUUUUUAUCAGUGUCUUGUACAGAAUUUACGUAUGCUUUAACUGUGAAUAAAACACUCAAGGUAGAGAAAUAUA